CGCAGAUAUACUACGUCACCAUGACGCACGCUUCCUUCUCUUCAGCCGCCGCCAUAGUGGUGAAAGGAUUGUGUAUCUAUAAUGGCGUCGCACAAGACGUUCAGGAUCAAACGUUUCCUCGCUAAGAAGCAGAAGCAGAACCGGCCGAUUCCGCAGUGGAUCAGAAUGAAGACCGGCAACAAGAUCAGGUAUAACUCCAAGCGGCGUCACUGGAGGAGGACCAAGCUCGGCUUGUAAGUCUGCGGUCUGUCUCUUCAGCUUCUCCCACACGGACCCCCGCCAACCCUGCGGAGAGAAGCCACGCUAUCCGGAACAGUGCUCUGUCUCUUGUACAGAUUCUCUGGACGUGCUGUUGUGAAACAAUAAAAUGACUUUGUCAUCGCACCAGAAA